ACGAUUCACGAGCGCGAAGCAGUCGAUGACAGCAGUCGACGCGCGUACUCUGAGACGUUCGCGUGUCUUUUCAACUACGGUAAAGACUUAUGAGCGACAGGAUCUUGUCUUGAAAAAUCUGUCGUUGAUAUACUCAUAUAUCUCGAUAUAUAUACGUCGCGCGAUUCUACGAUCUUCUCUCUCAAUCUCUCAAGCAAACUCGAGUUACUUUGCCGACCGGAGUAAUCACUGAAUUGUUCCGUAGAUCGACUUGUCCGUCGCAUAUGUAGCGUCAUUUGCGUAAUAUCACUAAUGUGGAACAUUUGAGCUUGGGAUGACCUGGAAUGACAAAUGAAGACUUCUGAUGGGAAACGCUAGCAACGUGUCCGUAAAGAUAUCGUUUUAGGUAAACAGCUUCCCCUCAAGUAUAUGCGGAUCGCAUCCUCGGCUUGACCUCUUUCACUUCAAAGCUCAACAGGGCUGUGCAUAUUGGCAUGCUGACACGGACAAGUCCGGCACAUUCCCACGGACUGCUGCAAGGCGAGUACCGGAACGAAGAUGUAGAAACGCCCGAAACGGCGAAAAUGGACCAUUAGAAGAAACAUGGAUGCUCCGAAUGCUCACGGCAAUAACACCCAAGAAUUUUGCGACAUUCAGUACAAACAUUUCGUCGCGCCGUACGGAGAACUCUGGUGCAAACCGGUAUGGGACUCGUUGCUGUGUUGGCCGCCGACGAGAGCCUCCACAACGGCGAAGCAGCGAUGCCCGUUCGUCGAUGGUUUCGACACGAUCAAAUCCGUGGAGAAGAAAUGCGGUUACAACGGGCGCUGGGUGGCGCAAAACGGCACAAGCACGAACGAGGAUUCGCCUACUGGCUGGGCCAACUACACCACCUGUUUGACGCCGGAGAUGCUCUGGCUUCAUUACAGGGUUUACAACAACAAUCUCGAGGGCGAGAUGAAAAUGGAAAUCGCCGAGAGAACCCGCACUCUCGAGUUUGUCGGCCUCAGUAUCUCCCUGGUGGCACUGCUCGCUUCCUUGGUGAUUUUCUGUCGAUUUAGGUCGUUGCGGAACACGAGAACCAGGAUUCACAAGAACCUCUUCGUCGCCAUGGUCGUUCAGGUGUUAAUCAGGUUGAUAUUGUACAUAGACUUCGCGAUCUUUCGGCGAAAGACGCACGGCGUGCAACGGGGGAUAGGGAAUACCCCGGUGCUAUGCGAGGCGAGUUAUGUGCUGUUGGAAUACGUUAAGACCGCGAUGUUCAUGUGGAUGUUCAUAGAGGGUCUGUUCCUGCACAACAUGGUCACCGUGACGGUCUUCCAAGAGACGUCUCAUUACCGAAUGUACCGAUUCAUCGGAUGGGGAUGUCCAGUGCUGAUGACUUUGGCUUGGGCCAUCGUUAUGGCGUUUUAUUAUCAUCCAAAGUCAAAUUUGUUAUCAAAGCUCACUCGGCAUUUGACGGGGAGAGUUAACAAGACGUCUUGUGGAGGAGGAAAUAUUAAGACAUGUCGAAACAUUAGGUUUCUCAGAUGCUGGUCGGGAUACAAUUUGUCGUCUUACUUUUGGAUCCUCGAAGGGCCCAGAUUCGCGGUGAUAUUGCUCAAUUUCUUGUUCCUGCUGAACAUCAUAAGGGUGCUGGUAGUGAAACUGCGACAAAGCCACACGAGCGAGAUCGAACAGGUCCUGAAAGCCGUGAGGGCAGCCGUGGUGCUUCUGCCCUUGCUGGGCAUCAGCAAUGUGCUCUUCAUGAUCGAAGCCCCGUUGGACAACGUGAGAAAAUUCGCCCUCUGGUCCUACUCCACGCACUUCCUGCAUUCGUUUCAGGGCUUCUUCAUCGCGACCCUUUACUGCUUCCUCAAUGGCGAGGUGAGACUCGCUUUGGACAAAACUAUCGCCGUUCAUCUCUCCCUGAGGGAAAGCGACCUGCAGACUAGGAGACACAAAAUACAAGCUCCGCCUUCAGCGGCCGUUAGACUCAUCGAGUAGCUUCGGAACGGCCGUCUGACCACAUCAAUUACUUGAAUUCCUCGGCGCCCGGGAACCAGCCUCGCACUAAGCUAAUUCCAUGGAUUGUGUGGCUGCCGAUGUCACGCUCGGAUUAACCCCUGGAGGAAACAGAUUUUCGCUCGCGGCUCUCGCGGCUCUCGCCGCACAGUCGACUGCAUCACGUCGCAGUGAACGCGACACAGAAUUUCUGAAUAAAAACGCCGCUUGCUUCUGAAUAAGAACGCCUGACGUCAGGCGAAAUAAGUUUCAAAGUUGACGCGUUUUCGCAGAGUAUGUGUACGUAAAGGGCAACCGUAGGGAACUCCGAGCCUGUCAAAUGCAACAGAAGCGCUCUCUCCGUCUCUCAGCGUGACGAAACACGAGUCUCAAAGGCCCAGCUUUUCUGUCGUCACUCUGUAAGCCAGUGCUGGCCAAAUGUUUACCAAGUGUCAGCUGAGUUCUUUUUCUCUCGACAUUUUGCUCUUUAUAACUGGGACGAUGCGAUGUUCUGAGACUAAUUAAAAGGUACCCGCAAAGAGACUGGCGUAAAGACUCGCUCAGAUCGCUGCUAUAAAAUUUAUUGUCAUUAAAAUUCAGUCAUUGAGAAUCAUUAACACAUUGUUCCGGGAACGCCAGAAUUUUUUGCACAAUUCAAGCGUCAUAUGGCGGAUUGGCUUGAUUAAUUUAAUGAUCGAUCUAAUUGUUUAACGACUUUAUGAUGAUUAUGUAAGAUUCAUUCAGCAUUCGAUCGACACGAUCGACACGAAUGAAUCGUAGUUUGAACAUCACUGAUGUAGUCCAUUUGUUAAACAAUCGCCGAAGCUUCGAUAAAUUGAAUUUGAUCGCUUGCAUAAAUAACUUUAAAUCUUUUCGAUCGAAAGCGGUCCGAGACGACGUAUGUACGUACGUCUUCGCGUUCGAUCGUGUAACGUCUUUCGUCUUUCCGCGGGAAAUCGACCGUCGAGAAUCGACGGGAUUCACGGAUUCGCGAGCUGGAAAUCCUGGCUCGCUAAUCGCCAAUCGAAAGACUUUCUCUGCGUCAAAGGAAGCAAUCCGUGACGUAGCUUGACCUUAGUCGGCAAAAUUGCGCGCUCAUUGUCUGGCGAAAGUAGGUCUUAAACGUACGUAUAACGAACGAACUUGGCCAAACAGCCAAGUUCGAAGGCUACAACGAAGAUGCGCAGUUAAGAAUCCUUGCCGGAAGAACGGCCGAGGACGCGGCUUCUCCUAAUCUUUUUACUCCGCUGUCGUCGUGUCCAUUCGUUCUCUCGGAAAUACGCCCGAGAUCGCGAGUUCUCUUUUGCGUGUCGCAAAAUCGUCGCGCGCUCGUCGUCGUGCGCUUUCGCUAAACUGCUACGUCAUUAAAAUUGUAAAGUCGUGAGGUCUCUCUUUAACGCCUCUCACGUAGCCCUCCCAAUUAGUGCUCCUUGCGGUGCAGUUUGUGAAGAUUUCGCAGCGAAUUUCACUCCAUAUGUACCUCUGCUUACCUCUGCGAGUUAAUCGCGAUCGGACAGUAAAGUCGCCGACUCACCUCGAUGGAACGAAGAAUCACCGCAAGCGUGAAUUGUUAACCACGUUAGAACGUCGUUUUAAGUGCCGCCGCUGGAAGUGCCGUACGUAGUCACAUUACGUUGUACUCUAGCAGCUUUACAUCGUGCAAUCCAGCCUCGUCGUCCAUCGGAGAGAUAAAGUAGAGUGAAACAGCGUCAGAGAUUUCUUUCUAAAGAGAUUUUAUUGCGCCACAUCACAAUAUAGAAAAACGCACUAGCGUAUAAAAUUCUCUACGAAGGAACAU